AUGCCGCCGCAGAUCCCCACCACACGUGCGGACAGCCGAGGAAUGUCACCUCGCACGCCGCGUGGGGCUCACAGUACGGAGGCUGCGCGACCGUCAGCGCGCUCGCACCUCAAAAACGCCAGCGUCGCCAAUCCACUGCUCCCUCUCCACUCGCUCCAUCCCGUCGUCCGCCCGUCCAACCGCAAUGGGACACCGAGGUCCGUCACGGUUCCCACUGAGACACCGAUCGAGUUCGAGGUGGCGGCCGACACGAUGACAGACACGCCCAGCUUCUGCACUGACGACAGCAUCUCUUUUCAGUUUGACCGCACCUCAGCUGCGACACGGCAGCGCACCGCCGACAAUGGCAACGCCCACCGGAAGCGCCGUCCGCAGAUUCCUUCCCCCUCCGCCCUCGACGACGGCCCUACGCCACUCACGGUGGACGAGCGCGGUCAGCUGAUGCCUGCGCCCCGGGACAGGGUUCGGCAGACGACGACAGCAGACGGUCGCAAGGCAUGGAUGCUGUACAGCCCCCGUCGCGGCGAUGCCGCCGCUACACUUGCGCAGGAGAUUCCGGCUCCGCCGCGGAAGCUGUCGCGGCGGGCGCAGGACAUUCUCGCUGCAAAGCGACGCGCUUUAGAGGAUGGCGCCAAAAAGCGCCACGCCGACAGCGAGAAGCGCCGCGCUGAGCCGGAGAGGCGGCUCGGCAUCUCGCGAGGCACGCACAGGAGCUUCGUAUUCCAUCCCGCUGCCUUCUACUCUGACGACUUGGCCCGCCAGCACGGGGAGGAGGCGGCACGGAUGCAGGACAAUCGGUGGGCCGCGUACGUAUAUGACGGCAUGGCGGUGUGCACGGAGACACGCCGCGCCAGUGGCACCGCGACCAGCCGCUGGGAGACGGAGAAGGUGGUGCGUACGCUGCAGCCGGUGCAGGUGGCGCCGGCGGAGGGCACCACUGGCACGUGCGGGUGUGCUGUCUACGACUCGAUGCAUACGGAUGAUGACCUGCGUCGCUUGAUCGACAGCAGCGGCGCCCGUGAAGACGGCGUCCGCCACUACUUGAACCUGCAGCCCAUGCAGUUGGCGAACGUGGAGACGCAGCAGAUGGUGGACCCGCCGCUGGAGUCGGUAGGCCGCGGGUCUGUGUCGCCGUCGGAGGCGCAGAGCGCGGUCGAGGCGCGCCACAAGAGCGUCUCGGAACAGCGUGGCGUCGCGACGCUUGGUGGCCUGUGGUGCACGGUGGAGGCUCUGCGAGAAGACGGCCGCCCUGCUGUGCGCAAGGACAUGAGUGCACCACGGCGUAUCUUGCGCAUCUGCGGCGGGCAGGCGCUCAGCGUAUCACCGCACACUGGCAGCGGUAAAUCGUUUGACGUGCGCUGCUACGAGCUGCUGCUCUUUCCGCAAGAGUUGCUUAGCCCAUCAGCGGUCAACUACGGAUGGGAGGGGCUCACGCUUGGCCAAGUCGUCGCAUCGCCAGCGUCCUCCUUCCCGCUGACACCGCGCAUCAUCGAUGACCCGGUGACUCUGAAGGAGUACAAGAAGCGUUUGCUGGCGACGAAGAGCCGCCAGGUUUCGAUUGUGAACUGCGAGGACGACCGCGCCACGUUUGCGGUGGCGUCAGCGGCGUCUGGCGCCGGCGGCAAGGUGGAAGGUGGCGCAGUACAGUACCUCACUCUCACCACGGCGACCAUCAGCUCUCGGCAGAAGUACACGAUCGAUCUGACACUCGUCCUGCUACCCUUCCGCACCAGCGGCAUCUUUGCCGGCAAGACCGUGGCGGAGGUGCCGCGGUUUUGUGCGCCGACUGUGAUGUCGCACCGCCGCCUGCAUGGUCUCUCCCUGUCCUUCUCCACCAAAUCAGCCUUCAUGUCGGCCUACAAGGCACUGCUGUGGGCUACGGAGUGCGACAUUGUGGAUAUAAAGCCCGCGGACAGCGAGGAAGGUGCCGUGUCCAUCGCUGGAUACUCGAAACUUCGCGUCUGCGCUACGACGUCGCCGAUGGUGCCGUGGGUGGCGUCACUCGGCAGGGGCACACCCGGGCAGCCGAAGGAGGACACCUUCCACGGCAACUGCCUGGAUUUCGCGGCGCUCACACUGGCGGCGCCGCCCGGCGCCGUUCAAAGGGCUGAAGCCGACGGCCGCGACCCGCUCACGCUGGAGGAUUUUGUGAUCACCGAUGACGCACCGAACGCCGACGGAGCGGGCGACGGCACUCAAAGUGGGCAGAGCGGCACGCCAACGCGACAACGGCGCCGCAGCACCAUCUUCACAAGCACCUUCGCCCCGCCCAAGGGCGCCGACGCUGAGGGGAGUAGCACCCUUCACAACACCGACACGGUCGUCGGCCUCACCGCCUUCGGCGUGAUUCGGCGGGCGGUGAGUCAGAAGACAUCCGAGGUGUUCGAUGUGUGGGUGAUACCGCGCAACCGCGGCCGCAUGGCACCUACGACCUGCGACGACACUGUGGCGACGGCGGCCGGUGGGCAAACUGCCAAGGCGCAAGAGGAGCACCUUCUGCAGCAGGACGCAGAGGCGGCUAUCAUGAUCGAAUACGUCACUCGCCUGCCUUUCCACUCCCGUGUGUACGGCGUGCUGGUAGACGACCAGUGCUACUACAUCUUCCAGGAGCCGUGGAUCUCGGCGCUGUCGCUCGAGGAGUCUUUGAAAGGCUUCGCCGAGCAUGACGCACUGGAGUCCAACGAAGUGCUCAGCAAGAUGACGCGGGCAACGACCAUUAUGUCGCUCAAGGACUUUAUUCACGCCAUUCUGCGCCCUGGCGAGUGCGGGUCGGGGGCCAGCGAGGAAGUGCAGCUGGAGAUUGCUCGAGUGCUCGCUGCCCAGCUACUUCUUCUCGUGACGUCGCUGCAUGGCAAGGGGAUGCUGCUAGGCCCGUGCCCACCGCAGCGCCUGCUCGUCCGCGUCGAGGAUCCCACCAAAGGCAUCCAUCAGGCCGAGGAGGAGAGUGGCGUGGACACGCCAAGGAAGAAGACGACUCCGCCACCGAGCGUGACAUCGAGUAACAUUCAGCUCUUUGUGCCCGACAUCGGCGUCAACACCCUUGCCUGGAGCUACGAGCGCCAGCAGUGUGGUGUGCUUGAGUACCUGUCGCCCAUGUACGUGCUAGAGCAGAUGCUUUCGGACUCCUUCGGCAAGAAGGAGCGGCCAUGGACGAUGCGCGAUGACUGGUGGACAUACCUCGCUCUCUGCUUCGAGCUAUUCGCCGGGGAUGGCAGCGCGCUCGUGGCUCCUGAAACGACUGCAGUUAUUCCCACUCCGACACCGACGCUUACCAAGUUCUUCUCUCCGGUAGACAUUCUCGAUGUGUGGCAGAAGGUGAUCACAGACUCGGCCUCUGGCCUGGCGAGCACGGCAGCGGAAACGAUCGGGAUGCGCACGCGCCGCUACGUGCACCAGCGCGUGCUCAAGUCUGUAAGCCGCUCCCUGGACAGCUGGGUGGUCACCAAGGCAGAGCAACUGCAGUACUUCGGCACUACCGCCCCCCGCCAGGCGCGUCGCGUCGUGCGCGCCGUGCCGCCGCCGCCUGACGCGCAGGGCAAGGCGAUUGGCGUCUCGCUUGCUGCCAUGUACCUGAAGUGUGCCCAAGAGGUCAGCGACACCUCCAGCAUCGCUUUCCAGACUGAGGGCGAGGAGGCCAGCGACGCGUCCGUGGAGAACAUCCUGGCGGACAUGCCGUGGCUCUUUCAGGUGCGCGACUUUUUCGACACCAUCCUCGACGCCGUCUUUUCCCCAACGCUGUGCAGCGUGCACGGGCCGGCGCUGCGACUGGUGUCACACCCCUUCUUCCAUGGUGUGCAUCUGGCGACGAUUUUUGACGGGUCACACGUGUAUUCCGAAGCCGUCGCGGACUACGCGGAGAAGUACCUGAGCAAGAGCAAAGUUCAGGCGGCACUGCUGACCUAUCGGAGACGUGCGUACCGUGGGCUGCUGCGGCCGCGGAGAGACAUGCCUCUCAUGAUCACCAGCUCUGCGUACAACACCUCCGGCAGGGCGAACUCUGUUGCCCCGCUGCUUCUGCUGCCCACGCCGAGUUUCGACGAUGAGCACACAGUGCGCGAGAAUGACAACUCCACGGCAUGGCACGAGUCGGAGGCCAGCCCGACAGAGGGGCUGGUCAUGAGCCGCACGAGUUCCAUGGUGCACUCCGCCAUUCCUUCGCCGCGGUCGCAGUCGUCCGCCGCCAGGAUGUGGGGCCAGCAACGAUUGAGGGCGAUGUACAACCCGGCAGAGUGGCAGUCCCUUGCGGCGCUGGAGACGGAGGUGCGAAGCGUUCUGAACGCCCACGGCCCUGGCGAGUCUGUCUGCCGCCACCGCGGCUCUGCUGAUGCCGACCACGCAUCCGACCCGGUAACCAUUAGCAACCGGCCCAUGCAACCGGUGCAGUGCUACAGCGGUCCGGCGCAGACCGAGACCAUCUCCGUGGCGUCGUCCGGCCGUCGCCGCGACCCUCGCGAGUACGAGCACGUCGUAGACUCGAGGGCGGCACGCAUGACUGCGGAGCCGCCACAACGCUACGCUCAUGGCAGUGGAAGCACCAGCGUCCUUGACGAUGCGACAGUGACGACGUCGGAGACGGUCUUCGUCCAAACAAACACAGCCCCGUUCGUGCAGCCAUUGCAAACAGGGGCGUUGUGCAACAGCCACCCCGUAACGCGGCGAGAGAGCCAGCGCGGCGCCGCGCCUUUGGUGGCUGUAGGGCCGUUGGAGAGUGUCCGAAAAGAGGCCACGCCCGCCCGUCGGCCGCACCGCUACGCUGACUCCAAUGAGUUUGAGCGCAGCCUCAACGACAUGGCGCGGAGUCACCCUCACAGGCACCGCAGCAGAGCUGAGGCUGCUUCAUCGUACCACGGCAACGGCAGGCUCGCGAAGGGCUACGGCCCCGGUUUCUCUCAGCUGGAAAUACCAUCUUCGAAGCGCGGCUCACGCCCCGCGUCGCGCCACAGCAACCGCGUGCACCAGGAGGAGUACGAUAGCCAGCGGUCGUGGCCCCACCAGUUCUUGGAUGCUGCGACAGUGCAGAAGAAGGGCCAACCCUGCCGACUCUCUGACCCGCAAAACCCUGCUAUGUACCGCACGACGAUUGACCAGCAGACUCAGCGCUCCGUGCACCGCCACGGUCCUCAUAGUCACCACGGCGGCAGCAUCGUAGACGCUGCCUCAGGCUUGAACGCUUGUCAGGAGAGCAGCAGCGACGAGUCGUACAUGUUGGUGCAGUCCGACGGCGAGGCACACACGGAAAGGGCACCGAUGCCCAACUACCAGUCGAAUAAUCUGAACCGCAAGAGCCCUGCCCCCCGUAACCCCCGCGCCUCGCGAGCCGAGGUGAUCGCCUCUGACCGAGCAUCCUACUUUGAGUUCUAG